CUCACCUGGAGUCUUUGUACACUGUGUGGGCUGCCCACUCCAACUUCACACUGCCUCCGGCAUCACACAUCUGAUCACUGGCUCCAAGCGGACUGAGAUUAUAGCAGAAACAUGUUUGUAUCGGUUACAACUCUCGUCACUUUGCUGGGCCUCUGUACACUGCAUCCUACUUCUGGACAGGACUGUUCAAGCAGACUGGAAUUACAAGGAUCCCUGAAGCAGAUCCAGAAGCUUCUCUCAGCUCAUGAAGCCUCCUACUUGCAGAAUCUACGCAACCUGAAGAAAAAAAUUAACCAGCUUCAGAGCAGCACAGGAAAGCACUCUACAAAAACCGUCAAUAGUACCUGCCCAAAGCCGGAUGUGCCCGUCAAUGGGAGGAAACUGGGCAAAUCACACACCGUGGGCCAUGAGGUUCAUUUUUUAUGUGACCCCGGCUAUGAACUAGUGGGAUCAGAGAGCAGAGUCUGUCAGGAGAGUCUGAGCUGGUCUGGCCAGCAGGCGGCCUGCAGAGAAAUCAACGAGUGUGCAUCCAUCCCAUGCCUGAAUGGUGGAACAUGCUUGGAUGAAAUUAAUCAGUUUUCUUGCAUCUGUCCCAAAGGCUGGGCUGGAGAAACCUGCCAAAGCCGUGUGCCAACAUUCUUUGCCACCAUUACAAACACCUCCGCCUACACUUCUGCUGCUGCUUCUACGGUGGCAACAGACACAGCUGGGACUUUUGUGCAUCCAUCAAGCUGCAGCACUGUGCAGGGGACCACCCACUGUACAUGUGAGCCAGGAUACACCAUCUCCGGUAGAGACAGCACCACUUGCACCGACAUUGAUGAAUGUGAGCUGUUCCAUAAUGGACAGGCGGGGAGACUGUGUUUACACACAUGCGUUAACACCGCUGGAGGUUACCGCUGUUCCUGUCCUGCUGGAUAUAAUGUGACCCGUGAUGGGCGCAGCUGUAAAGACAUUGAUGAGUGUGCCACCAGACAGAACAACUGCACCAAGGACCAGACGUGCAUUAACACAUACGGAGGAUUCCAGUGUGUUCGUGUAGAAUGUCCCAAAAUCUCUCAUGCGUUUUAUGUCAAAACAUCACCAAUGCGCUGUGAACGCAAUCCCUGCCCUGUGGAUAACAAGCUGUGCUCUCAAGCUCCAAAUUCCUUCUCCUACCAUUACCUGGCUGUCGUAUCCAACCUGUCAGCUCCCCGUGUCAUGUUCCGGGUUUCAGCGUUGCGUCCGAUGGGUGACACGCUUCGCUUCUCCUUGCUGGGUGGAAGGCAAGUUCGCCGCCACUUUACAGUCCAGCGUUCAGAUCGUCUGACAGGUCAGCUGAUGCUGAGCAGCCCAGUGCAGGGUCCUGCCACUCUGGAGGCUGAAGUAGAGAUGAGCGAACUGGAGAGACGAGUCCAACUGGGGAGGUACAUCACCAAAGUCACUAUGUUUGUUUCCCAGUAUGAGUUCUAAAAUAAAAGAGCGAUGAUACUAAUAACCAAAGAGUCAAAAGGUCAGAUGUCAGCCUUGAGUCAAAUAAUGACUCUGUGACCAUCCUUAAAGUUGUCUGUAAAUCAACCCGUUGCAUCUUUCCAAAUUCCUAUUAAAGUAAGCAAGCAACUUGACUUUCAAGUGCACAACACAUCUGCUUUUGCACUGCUGCAUGCAAAAGAUAGAACACAUUGCUAUAGAAAUGCAAAUGUAUGUUUUGGAGACUUAACAUGGCUUUUGUAUGGAUUCUGUGAAACGUAUUCAGUGCGUAUCCCAUGAGCAUUAAAUGAUAAGUCUGUCUUUUUCAAUGCCAAGAGAAUUAAUUUUACCUUAAAAACUAAAUUCUAUUGAUGUUAUUGUCCAAUGAAAGCACGCAUAGCUUCCAGCUACAGUAUGUUCUGCAGAUAUGAUAUCACAAACACAAUCAGUUCGAUUGUAGGUGUCCUGAUGUGAACAGUUAACAUUUAUCUUGCAAACAUCUUUUAGCUCUUUUUUUGUGGAGAAAUCAAAUAUUCAAUAUGUGGAAUGAAAUGGAAUUAAAUG